AUGAGAUUAGUUGAAGAUAAUCCUGCAGCCAUAUCAUUACAAGAUAUUUUUAAACAGAGAUGUUUGAAGAGAGGUAUUGAACAUGAUGCACCAAUUGCUCGAUAUUAUGAGCGUCUAGCCACAGUACAGGCUCGAGGUUCCCAGGCUAGCCACCAAGUACUAAGGGACAUUUUGAAAGAUGUUCAGGCCAAUAUGGUGCCAAGGGGAUUGCUCAAGGAAUGGGUGUUGCAUACUUUUCCUGAUGCCACAGAUUACUGGACAUUCCGUAAAACGUUUACGAUCCAGCUUGCGCUGAUGGGAUUUGCUGAAUUUACACUUCAUUUGACUCGGAUGAAUCCUGAUAUGAUGUAUUUGCAUCAAGAUUGCGGUUUUCUCAAUAUCUCUUACUUUAAGUUUGAUGUUGAUGACCAAACAGGUGAACUUGAGGCAAACCGACCAGUACCAUUUAGAUUGACUCCCAAUAUUGCCGAAUUUUUAACAUCAACUGGAGUAACUGGUCCUCUGACUGCAUCCAUGGUCGCAGCAGCACGAUGCCUAAUCCAUCAACAAUACAAGGUUCCAAACUUUUUGCGAGCAAUCCUAAGAGAUGAAUACAUCACUUGGCAUAAAAAGAAACAAGAAGAAACUAGUCCUGGUACAAUGCCACCUGCAAUGGAGGGAGAUCUUCUUGUUAGUAUGGUCAAUAAGGCUGUUUCGGCAAUUACUACUCGGCUCAAUAAUUUGGCGACUUUUGAAGGUGCCGAGAGCAAAGUUAGCACUUUGGUUGCUGCUGCCAACAGUCAUGAUAACUUAUGCCGAAUGGACCCUGCUUGGCACCCCUGGUUGUGA